CACACAGCUCCCAGCUGCUAUAAAGCCAGCAGCCCUGGGGCACUGCCAUGUAUUCCCAGGAUGGCGUUCCUGUGGGCAGUCAUCUGCCUGGCCCUGGCCAGCACUGUUUCAGGCUGCGGGGAGCCCCAGAUCAGCCCCUCGGUGCGGUACAGCGAGAGGAUCAUCAAUGGGCAGAACGCGGUGUCCGGCUCCUGGCCCUGGCAGGUGUCCCUGCAGACCCGCUCAGGAUCCCACUUCUGCGGCGGUUCUCUGAUCAACGAGAACUGGGUGGUCACAGCCGCCCACUGCGAGUUCAACCCAUCUUCCCACGUCGUCGUCCUUGGGGAAUACAACCUCAACUCCCAGUCUGAGUCUGUCCAGGUGAAGACCGUGUCGAAGGCCGUCACGCACCCCAACUGGAACGCCUACACCCUCAACAACGACAUCACGCUGCUGAAGCUCUCCUCGGCCGCCCAGCUGGGCUCCCGUGUGUCCUCCGUCUGCCUGGCUGCUGCCAACCUGGCUCUGUCUGACACCCAGCAGUGCGUCACCACCGGCUGGGGACGCACCAGCACCACCUCCAACACUCUGGCGUCACGCCUGCAGCAGGUCUCUCUGCCCCUGGUCUCACAGAGCCAGUGCCGGCAGUACUGGGGCUCCAGCAUCACCAGCGCCAUGCUGUGCGCCGGGGGGGCCGGAGCCUCUUCCUGCCAGGGCGACUCCGGGGGUCCCCUCGUGUACCAGAGUGGGAACGUCUGGACUCUGAUUGGCAUCGUCUCCUGGGGAAACAGCAACUGCAACGUCCGCACGCCUGCUGUCUACACCCGCGUCAGCUACUUCCGAAACUGGAUCGACCAAAUUGUGGCCCAGGGGUAGAGCUGUGGGGAUCGCUUUGCUCCAUCACAGGGCUGAGCACAAAGCGAGGCUCACUUUGUUGCAGAGUAAUAAAGCAUGUGCUUGUGGCCA